GCGCCCCCGCGUCCCUUGCAGGUGAUGAGCGCCCUGCAGUCCAAGCACCACUACGGGGAGGGAGAGGCCCGCGCCGUCUGCGACAAGGUCCAGGCCAAGCUCCUCAAGGAGUGCCACGAUCCCGCCAAGAUGUGCAUCACAGACCUGCGGAUUUCGCACUGGGAGGAGGCGAUCCAGGAGACCAUCGGGGGGGAGGCGAACCGCGACCUGGCGGCCGAGUGCUAUUACCUGUGGAAGACGACGCGGCUGCAGCACCUGACGCUGGCCGAGGACACGCGGGCCAUGCUGACCGAGCUGCGGAAAGGCCUCCGCCUGCUGCUGCUCACCAACGGCGAGCGGCAGACGCAGAGGGAGAAGAUCGAGGCGUGCGCCUGCCAGCCCUUCUUCGAUGCCAUCGUCGUGGGGGGAGAGCAGAAGGAGGAGAAACCGGCGCCAUCCAUCUUUCAUUACUGCUGCGAUCUCCUGGGGGUGCAGCCCGCAGAGUGUGUGAUGGUCGGUGACUCUCUAGAUACAGAUAUUCAAGGAGGCCUGAAUGCUGGCUUGAAAGCGACGGUCUGGUUAAACAAAGCAAUGACCGCCCCAGUAGAUAUCACCCCCGUACCUCAUUAUAUUAUUUCUUCUGUACUGGAUCUUCCAGCAGUUUUGCAGAAGAUGGAGCACAGCAUUAAUGCUAAGUUAGAAAGUGACCAUAUGGCUAGUAGCGAUGAAGCACAUUGAUGAUGGUUCCAGCAUACAGAGACAUGCUGAGCUGUUAGGUGACACAUGCUCUUUUUAAAAAUCUGACCCUAGGAGUUUGAACUCAUCUAUGGUCUCUUUUCAACAGCAGAGGGAUGAAUAAGAGCACACUGGUCAGUGAAAACAGAACAGAAUCACACAAUUGUAUUAAUUUAAGUGAUGCAAGUACAGUCUGUCUGGAAAUUCUUUUGACAGACUGUGACAGAAGUGUGUCUGUCUCUGACCUAAGUUGCCAGUCUCUUGUUUUUAUAGUGGAAAAGAAAAUUUGAAUGUUCUGAGCUUUUACAUGCUUUGCUGACUUGUAAGCUUAGCAGAAGCUUCAGUUCCAACCUUGUGUGCAGUGUGUAAGAGAAGGAGAGAAAGAGUGUGUGGUACAAUAUGGUAAAUCUUCACAAUUGAUCUGCAGUUUAUCUCAGGAACUGGAGUGAAUUUAAUUAUUUUUCAGACUAUUAGAAAUGCUCUACAUUUGAUCUUUUUUAUAAGUUUUAGAUUUUUUUUUUCAGACUUUGCAGUGACUUUUCUUUUAUGGAACCUGUAUCUCUUGCCAAAAGUACUUAAAUGUACAUCAAAAAUUUGCUUUUUUAUCGGGGACCAUUUGUCAGAGGGACUUGAUGAAUAAGCUUUUACUUUAUAUUAUCUUGGUGCUUAUGCAGAUAUGCAGCAUACUUGUAAUUCAGAUUAUGAUUUUUGUUGAAAUGGAUAAAACAGGGAUAUUUUCAAUGGCGUUACUGUACUGUCAGACUCUUCAGAAGCUAAUAUCAUUGUUCUGUCUGAUUUAAUCAGUGAAUUUUGAUCACACUUUUCGGAGAAGCUGUUCUUGGUCUUGCUCAGGUGUAUGAUUACUCAGAUUCAGCUGUAGGAUCAGUGGCUUUUUUGGCUGUUUUAAUGGCACUGCUAUAUAAUCCCUCCUUACUCCAGUUUGCACGUGUAAUUAAUGUGACUUAUUCUGGGGAAAAUACAAGCUAGUUGUCUGUAAAUGGCUCUCAUGAUUCUCUUCCAGGAAACUGGAAAAUUAUGUCAUAUGUGUUACAGUACUGUAUACAACUUUAUAAGGUAUAUGUGAUAUUUCCACUACAUGUAGAUGACUCUCUAAAAUAGCAAGAUUUCUCUAUUGCAGAUCAUUACAUUAAUUUAUAUUUUUCCUGUGCCUCAUAUUCUUAUUACAUAAUGAGGAAGUAUUCUCAUAUUAAAUGGAAAUGUAAACACUUGUUGGCAAGUCUGUGGUUUUCAACCCUACAUGCUAUAUAUAUAUUCACCAGGAUGAGUAUCAGACCAAAUAUGAAAAAUCAAAUUUUAUGUUUUAGAAUAAUUCCAUGACAGAUCUUUUGAGAACAGGGGUAUUAGGCUACUGGCAGAAGAGUGUCUGACAUAUGGGCAGCAAUAAGAAGUACAGAAACCUAUUACAAAAUGAGUGUGUAGAAGAAAUUCUAUAUACAAGAAACAGUUAUGUCAAAUUAAACAAAGCAACUAAGUUAUUGCAGUUAAGUCUUACAUAGGAUGACAGAGUCAGUUUAGAGGAGGCUUAGGGUUAAAUUAUUUGACAAGGAGUUUAGGUUGUUGCUCCUACAUUGAGGAGGGGGAGAAAUAGAAAAUAAAUAAUCAUUAAAUUUGGAAUCCCUUUCCCAGUUGACCAUUAGAAAAGGCAAAGCAGUCCGCAUUCCUUGUCUUACCUGGGCAAGACUGUUGAGACGUCAGGUCAAGGAAGAGUACAGAGACAGACCCCACCUGUUCCUUUGAGGAAAUGGGCGUAUACUGAAAACAGUCCGAUUGCAGUAGUUAGUAACAUGAGCCAGUGGGACUGACUUGUCUCACCUUCUGAAGGAAGAAGCCUCAGUUAAGAUUUUGGUUUGCAUUUGAAGAGUGUGGAAACAGUCACUGGUUUAGCCGAUGAGCAAAGCAUUGCUAAUAACAUUUCUUAUAACCAACGAUUGAGACGAGAAUGAUAAAGAUCAUUCAGCCUCUCAGGGAUACUCUGUAAAAAUAGAAAUGUAUCCAAGAGAUUAGAGGGAUCCCCGGAGUAAUCUAACAAUACCAUCUGAUACAAAAGCAACAACUUUGCUUGCAACAGCUUCCAAAGGAGCUACAGAGUAACUGACUCUGCCUUGUUUUCACAGCAGCAGGGCAGUCAAACUUAAUUCAGAAUGACGUUUCUGAUAGAGCUGAUAUUUAAAAUAACAAAUAGUAAUAA